UCCCCUCCCAAAAAUUUCAAUCUUCUUCUCUCUUUGAUUUGGUUUUGCUUCCAAAGCCAAACUUGGAGAGCUCUUACCCUUUCUUUCCCCUAUUUCAAAGCUCUUUCUUCUUUUCUUUGUUAUAGUUAACAACUUUGUUCAGCUUGAACCAAAAAUCUUAAUCCCCCAAGUCUUACUUAAGUUAGGUGCAAGUUAGUUUAGCGAAAACAUGAAGCACCCACAAUCAAGUUUGCCCCCAGGGUUUAGGUUCCACCCCACAGAUGAAGAACUCAUCCUUCAUUACCUAAAGAAGAAACUGAGUUCCUCACCCUUCCCUGUUUCCAUCAUCGCCGAUGUCGAUAUCUACAAGUUUGAUCCCUGGGAAUUACCAGCUAAAGCUGCCUUUGGUGAGAAAGAAUGGUACUUUUUCAGUCCUAGAGACCGCAAGUACCCUAAUGGUGCAAGGCCAAACAGGGCAGCUGCGUCCGGGUACUGGAAAGCAACCGGCACAGAUAAGGUUAUAUUUACAUCUUCGAUGGUAGCUGGAGGGGGUGGAGUGCAAGAGAAUAUUGGUGUAAAGAAAGCUCUGGUGUUUUACAAAGGAAGGCCUCCAAAGGGGAUUAAGACUAACUGGAUCAUGCAUGAAUAUCGCCUUGCAGAGAACCCCAACUCCAACUACAACAAUAGACCAGUGAAGUCUAAAGAUUCCUCCAUGAGGCUAGAUGAUUGGGUUCUUUGCCGGAUCUACAAGAAGUCCCAUGCUCUAUCUUCAACAUCAACAGCAGCAGCAAGUGAUCAGGAUCAAGAGGAAGAGGAAACAGAACAGUUCAUUCACGAUGCCCUUCUACCAGCCUUGAAAAGUCCUCCUAGCAACAACACCCUCCAGCCGCAGAAAUCCUGUUCCUUCUCCAACCUGUUAGAUGCCAUGGACUACUCAUUGCUGAGUAGUUUCCUGGCAGACAACCAGUGCAACACGACUGGGUACGAAUCAUCUUCAUUCAGCUUUGGGAACCUUGAGCAGCCCCCGGUCAAUAACUACACCAAUAGCAGCAGCAGCAGCAGCAUGUUGCUGCAAAAACUUCCCCAGUUGAACUCCUCCAUUCCAAAUAUGGAAAACAAACUCAAGCGCCAAUGCACAAGCAUUGAUGAGGAUUACUUGCACCCAUCAAAGAAACUUAUCAGUUCUUGCAGUUACAGUAACAGCGCCAGCCAAUCUGAUAUGACUCAAUACAACUUUCUAAACCAGUCAUUCUUCAACCAGAGUUUACUUCUAAGUCCUCACCUUCAAUUCCAGGGUUAAAAGAAAGAUUCUAAAUAACAAAAAAAACACAAAAAAAGGGGGGGAGGGGAGAGAGAAAUCAGGAGGAAAGAUAAGAAGAAUAACCAAUGAUUGAGCUUGUCUAGGCCUUCGUGAAGUUGUGUACAGAAGGAAGCGUGUGUGAUUUUUCUGUUGGGAAAAAUGACAAAAUCUGGGUUAGAAACAUUGAACUUGUUGGAAUGGUAUCGAAAAGCUGAUACCAUCACAAAGUCAAAAGAUUAUGGAAAAAAACUACAAAAGGUGUUGAAAGGAAUCAUACAUGAUUUUUGUAGAGAAUUUAUGUAGUGGUGCAAGUGCCAGAUCAGAGUCACACUUUGUAAAUAGUGUGUUGCUUGAAUUUGAUGAUAUGAUUCUUUUUUAUUUGAAGAAGAAGAAAAAAAGGAAAAUGUUAUUCUUCUCAAGCUAAGUUGUAUUAUUUUAUCACCAACUUUCCAAGCCAACUGUUUGUGCCAAGGCAAAUGGAAUCAAGAUUGUAAUUUCCUUUUGAGUAAGAACACCAACAAGUUGAAGCAUA